ACUUAAUUUUACUCAGCACUGUGCCACUACGGAAGGAGGAUCGGCAACGGGAAUUGCGGACUUGUUUGCAAGAAAACAAUUGCGAAAUGUAACACUAUAUACUGUAUUCGUUUCCAUUCAAACGUUUCGAUAACAUGCGGUUUGUGGCUGUGGUGUUUUACUCUAUUGCAGGCGGAUUUCCUUUUCAACCAAACGGAAUUGCGGAUGCACUAGUUGUUUGAUUUCCACAAGUUUGAUAAAUCGUCAAGAAUUCUUGUUUACGCAACACAAGUGAAACCCAGUUUGAGUGGAAUGGCAGUGCAGUGAUCUCGAAUCAAUUCGUUAUCCACCGUGAAACAGAGACAAUAUGAUUCUACUUCGUUAUUUCCUCGUUAUUCUUACGCUGUUGAAAGUUAAGUGCAACUAUGCGACGGUUGAACUCAAUCGAAAUGUAUCGCUGGCCAAAUGCUGUUCCGAUUGGCAAGGAUCUAACGCGUGCAAUCCAAAUACUGCCCCUCACGAAUGGCUUCAACUGCCGCCAGUUUAUUCUGCCACCACCAACGAAACGGUCGAUUCCGCCAGAUUCUCAUUGAUUUAUCACAACACGACAUGCACGUCAGGUUACAAAAGCAAAAGUUGGACGCAGUUCCAUUUGCUUACGGACGGAUCGGUCAACGUACAAGGCAAAUUGCUUCAACCUCAUGAAUUUUGCCUGGAACAACACCUUCAGGCGGAAUUCACCGUUCGUUACUGCAUUCCAGACGCGUGCAGUCAAACCCACUGCGUUCGUAAAUGUUGCCCGCGGGGAACAAUCCUCAAUGUAACCUCAUUUGAAUGCGACACGCAUAAUAACGCGUCGUCAUUCGAAUUCGUUUUUCACGACAUUUCGGGUCAGUUAGUGACACCGGAGCCUGGAUCGUACAUUAUUCAAGACACACAUCCACUGGAAUGUCCCAACAAUACGGGCACCCAGGAGCCUCUGACGUCAAAAACGCGGAUGUUCAGUGUUUCCCCCGAAGAGAUCGCUGAUGACCUGUUCUAUAUCCUUCCGGAUGGCCAGCUCUUCUUUCCCAACUUUCCGGAAGGCAGUCAAACGUCCAGGGACUAUUGUAUCGAUGAUUUUCUCACCGAACAUGCCAUCGUCCGACAAGCCUUGCUUUGUUUUCCCGCUCAACCGACCGAAACGGAAGACGUGAAACUGGUCGUCAAGGUGUUUCCUUAUUUCCUCUUUCUUUCCUCCCUCUUCUUGAUUGCCACAUUCCUCGUCUACGCUUUGAUUCGCGAAAUACGCAACAUUCACGGUGUGACAGUCAUGUGUUACGUGGCUUCGCUGGCUGUUACGUACAUCGGUUUAGGAAUACACCAACUGCAUACGGAAGAAUCCAGUGAAUGCGUUAUAGUUGCUGUGCUUGUGCACUACGCUUUUCUAUCGGCGUUCUCCUGGCUGAGCGUCUUCAGUUUCGACAUUUGGCGGACCUUCAGCGAUCUGCAAAUGCCCUCGUCGAGAGCAGGAUACAAUCAGCUGGGCAUCCGCUUUAUUUGCUAUUCGGUUUAUGCGUGGUCCGUUCCGUUGGUUAUCGUCAGUGUUGGUCAAAUCCUUGAUUACUAUGUUGACGAUUUGCCCAGAUACAUUGUGACGCCUCAAUUUAACGGCAUCAAAUGCUGGUUUAACGGGGUGGCAGCGUCCUGGAUCUAUUUGUAUGGACCGAUGGCAUUUUGGAUCUUGUGUAAUAUUGCCUUCUUCGUCAUGACGGCCGUCAUCCUCCACCGGGCCAAAAGAGACACGGCCUUUGCUGUCAAAAGUGUCCACGCCAAACAAAAUCUCCGUCUCAUUUUCAGCCUCUUCAUUCUGAUGGGCGUCACCUGGACGAUGGAAGUGGUAUCGUUCGCUAUCGGCGGAUCGGCUUAUUUUUGGAUCCCCACCGACAUCCUCAACAUCUUGACGGCCAUUUUCAUUUUUUACAUUUUCGUUUGCAAACCAAACGUGUGGAACUUGUUGAAACUGAAAUUCCCGUGGCUGAAAGCGCUGGACCGAUGCUGCCCGUCCCCAAUGAGGACACGGCAAGAAACGCAACAGACAACGAGUACGUAACACACCAAGUAACACACCUGCCAUCGAAAUGUUCAAUGAUUAACGUAUCCCUCUCCGAUUGUGAUUCCUCCAGUAUGAUGUUUCUUUGAUUUGCCAUUGUUUCAGGUCAUGUGUUAAGGCCAUUAUUAACAAAUUGAAACGCACCUAUUCGUUUUCCGUGUUGUUUCUGUCGCACCCGGCAUAAUCGUUACCCUCUUCACUCUAUGUCUCGUGCAUGCAAAAUCUUUCGUGACUUUAUCAUAAGAAUGUACAGGGGGUAUAGCUCAGUGGUAGAGCAUUCGACUGCAGAUCGAGAGGUCCAUAGUUCGAACCUGGGUGCCCCCUUCUCAUUUUAAGGCUUUCGUGAGUCAUAAUUCUAAUAAACGGACAGGUAGAUUAAACAAAAGCAAUACAUCACUGUGAGAAUCAAUGGUCUUGAAGGACGCAUUGCCUAUGAAAACAGUGAAGAAAACUUGCUCGUUCGUUUCCCGUAAAAUUGUAUUUUGAUGGAUAAUUCAAUCGAUUUAUUAUUAGGUCGAUUUAGCUCAACCAAUCUUAAUUAGCAUUUUCAUGAAUGUUGAUUUUCCAUCAAACGUUAAUGAUACCAUACGACAAUAUCCGAUGUUAUUGUUUUUUUUGAAUUGGAAAACGUGUAAAAGAAUUGAUUGAUUUCUUAAGAAGAUUUGCGGCAUUUGCCGAAGAAAUCGCGAAAAUAUCCGGAUGGACAUUGGCGGCCAGUGAAGGAAACGAUUUCAGAUUCUGAUAUUGGUGGGGGUUGGCCCCAAACUAUUUCAGGGGGAAAGACUAUCCUUCAAAUGUAAAUAAUCACGCGUUUAAUUUGCAUACACGCUUUUCCUUAAGACUUUCUUUACUUGUCUUCCUGUGGCGCCGAAUGAGCUGAUGACGUCAACACUGCCAAUGAAAUGGCAAUAAUCCAACAACAUGGUAGAACUCUUAUUUUCAUAUCCCUGUUGUUUCACUCUAAUUGUUUUAAAAGUAUACGAAUGAGAAUGAAAUAUUUAAACUACUAGGAUAAUAAGAGGAGAAUUUUAAACUUUUAAAUUUGCAUAGACUUACAGAAAAAUAAAAGAUGUUUGUUCUCCAGCUGGAACACGACUGCAGGUUUUUAGCUGUCCCGCGUCCAGUUUUGAGACGAUUUGUGUCGAAAACAAAAAACCUGUGCAAUUCAAGACAACAGUGUUAUUGGGGAAAACCCAACCUUUGGUUUUCUUGCGGUCAUAUGGAAAUGCAAUACUCACUAACGAAAGCAUUCUACCUUUUGAGGAGCUUCACGGUCGUGUGCGUGACUUGUCUUGGCAUCAUUACCUUUCAAGGCUAAAACUCCUCCAGCUCACCUAAACCUCUUUUGGGAGGUGCUCGUUUUUCAAUGAUAUGUAUACCUCUCUAUUCAAUUCAUUCAUUCAAUAUCUAUUUAAAGUAAAAUGAAAAUACUAGACUAUACGAUGAUCAAUUUUGUGUAUUCAUUUUGGCACAAUGGCAACUCAAUUGUUUGUUGUGAUAAAUGUAGGGGAAUUGAAUUUUGUCACACUUAAAAGAUUCUACGACAUCUACCGAAGAAACGGAAAGAACGCCAAGGGCAAUUGCGGUUACCAACGUUGGUGAUUUGUCCACGGUGGACCGCCACGAUGUUUCUUUCGGCCACUUGUAAACCAGGUUCUUCCAAAAUUUUCGUCCUGCAAUCCCAUUGUUUGUUUGUUUUUAAGAAGAACCGUUAUUUACACGUGCCUGUUCAUUCUGUGAAUAAAGGUGAUAGUAUUAAACUCUUACUCGACUUUCUGUGCAGUUGAACGAACCGACGACAUCACCAAAAUGAGGCCAACGAUCACGCACAUAAAAAGUGUUGGUUUCAUGUUUGGACCAAGAAAAUUGUUCGCUCUUCUGUAUUUCAACCAAACGAAAUGUAAAUCAAUUGGAAAAUAUUCACAGCAUAGAUGACAGUUUUGCUGUCACGAAACGACUGCGUGACUAGACUUCCGUGCUGCGCCUUAUUUCUACAACAACAGAGUAACGGACUUCCUAUUUGAUAUGGACGACGUUGUGAAACCAACAGACUUUUGAUUUAUAACUCACGGGGAAAACCGCAAGCACAAUGUUUUGAUUUUAAUUUGAGGAUUGCCUGAGGAAAGGCCUGCAUCGCUCAAGGGGAUAUAGCUCAGUGGUAGAGCAUUCGACUGCAGAUCGAGAGGUCCCUAGUUCGAACCUGGGUGUCCCCUGCUCUUAUUAUUAUUUCAUUCGAAUUUAUUUGCAUGAGUGAGAAGAUGUAAAAUAAUAUUUUUAGCUAUGGGCAAAGAAGUUGUAACUUGAUGCAAUUCAAUUUAUUAUUUAUGAUUAAGUCGACUUGACACUACAUCCGCCUGAAUCCAGUUUAUAUCCAAACUAUUAUUUCCGUCUUUUUUUUUUUUUAUUAUUUUCCAUUUUGCGCUAGUGAUACAAUGAGACAAGAAUCCGAUAUUUUUCUGAAUAUGAGGAAAUGUUGAAGAGAAUUUAUUUGCGAUAUUGAUUGAUUAUUGCGAGAAAAAUUUGCGGCAUUUGCCGAGGAAAUCGCGAAAAUGUCCUGGAGGACAUUCGCGAAUAUCAGUGAUGGCGAGUGCUUCCA